UGUUGGUUUUAAAUUAACUGUUUUUUGACGUUCAAAAGGAGUUGGGUUCAUUGUAACUGAGCAUCGUGUCUAGUACCUUUUUCGACUUCUCUUUUAGUAUUGUUUGGUUUACGACAAUCAACACUUGUGUCGAUUUGAGCUAGUAGAGAGUUCACUCGCGUUGCUGCAGGUAUCCUCCUGACAACAAUUAAUGUUAAAAAUGUUUUACACUCGUUUCUAUGUAUUCGAAAUUGUGUUCAUAAUAUCUCUAGUCACUGUUGGAGCUAUAAGAGAUGAAGAAUCGAAUAAAAAAGGACAUUGUAAUUGUAACGUCAAUAAUGAGAUAAAUACUGUAGAAGGACAAUAUAAACCAACUUGGGAAAGUCUUGAAAGUAGACCUCUACCCUCAUGGUAUGAUAAGGCCAAAUUUGGAGUAUUUAUUCACUGGGGAGUAUACUCUGUACCAGCUUUUGGCGGAGAAUGGUUUUGGAUGAAUUGGAGAGGAAGAGGAGGUCAAUCAUAUGUUAACUUCAUGACUAAAAACUAUAAACCAGGUUUUACCUAUCAAGAUUUUGGUCCACAGUUUACAGCCGAAUUUUUUGAUCCUAUGCAAUGGGCUGAAAUUAUUAAAAAAUCUGGGGCAAAAUAUGUUGUAUUAACAUCUAAACAUCACGAAGGUUAUACAUUGUGGCCUUCAAAGAGAUCAUAUGGAUGGAAUUCUAUGGAUGUAGGACCUCAUCGAGAUUUGGUUGGGGAACUCAGCAGAGCUGUAAGAAGUUUAAACUCUACACGGUUUGGACUAUACCACUCAUUGUAUGAAUGGUUUAAUCCCUUGUGGAUGCAAGAUAAAAGUUCAAACCUAUCGACUCGUUACUUCGUAGAAACAAAGGUUCUUCCAGAACUCCACGAAAUAGUGAACGAAUACAAACCAGAGAUAAUCUGGUCCGAUGGCGAAUGGGAAGCUCCGGCGGAUUCAUAUUGGGAUGCUUUAAAUUUCCUAGCUUGGUUAUAUAAUGAAAGUCCAGUCAAGGAUACGGUUGUUGUUAAUGAUAGAUGGGGUGGCGAUACACUUUGCAAGCACGGUGGAUUCCUAACGUGUGCUGAUAGGUAUCAACCAGGCAAAGUAAUGACUAGAAAGUGGGAAAAUGCCAUGACAAUUGACAAAUAUUCAUGGGGAUACAGAAGAAACGCUCGUUCUCGUGACAUUUAUACAACUCAAGAAUUAAUCAUUGAACUCGUGGAGACAGUUAGUUUUGGAGGUAAUAUACUCGUCAACAUUGGACCUACUAGUGAUGGUGUGAUUCCAAUUGUUUUUGAAGAACGUUUAAUUGAAAUUGGUGAUUGGUUGUCAAUAAAUGGUAAAUCUAUUUUUGAAACUACGCCUUGGUCAGUAUGCCAAAAUGAUACAACGAACCCAAAUUUAUGGUUUACACAAGCAGAUAAAUUCACCAUUUACGCAAUCAUGACAAAAUGGCCAAAAGAUAAUUUGUUACUUUCAGAGUGCAUUGUAGAUAUUGGAAUGGAUAAUAUCUCAUCGAUUACUAUGUUGGAAACCCAAAAGAGCUUAAAUUUUAGUCAAACGACCCCAGGGAUAGUGAUCAGAUUGAAGGAUCACAGACAAAAACUUGCAAGUAAUCACGCAUGGCCGUUGAAAAUCGAAAUAAAGCAUUGAGUAGUUUUCGGAAAUUAAAUCCUUUCAUUUGUACUACCGAGUAAUACUUCAUACGAGACUAUCGUACCAAAUACCUGAAAUUAAUUUUUAUAUUUAUUGUAUUUUGGUACAAAAAUUGAAUUAAUCAAAAAUAUAAUUAAUUAAUAAUUUUUAAUUAA